ACUCACGGUCUAUUGUGGCUCAGGGAGUUGAGCACGAGAAGAAGGCCUCGGAAUAGCGGGCGCGUGUUCGCUCGACUGAGCAAAAGGGUGAUGGAGAAGUUCGGAAGUAAAGUUGCGUCACGGAUAGAGCAGAUGCUUGACAAUCCUCAGUACAUGCAUGAACACGCAGCAGAUUACGCGCAUAGUCACAAGCAUCGAACACUCUGAUGGACAGAAAAUGAACGUGCGCCAAGUCAUUGAAAUCAGCACGAGUCAUCAUCGGAAAAUGACCAAUCAAAUGACGGAUCUCAGCCCAUAUAAUGUGCAUGAGGAACGCAGCGCCAUUCCUAUUGGAUGGUCUCAUACUCGAAGGCACGAAAGUGCGGCAACCCUUCCUCCGCGCAUUGCUCUGAAACAGAGUAACAUCGAGUCCAUCGAUGAAUAUCUUUACGAUGUUUCUCACCCCAAGUCAGCUAACUAUGACAAGCACUGGACUGCAGGAGAGAUUGCCCGAAAAUUCUCACCCUCAGAGGAAUCCAUUUCCGCCGUCAGAAACUGACUUGUUGAGAAUGGGCUAGCGAGCGAGCGCAUCUGCGCGGAUGCGUACCUUCACGCUAUGAGAGAUCAUCUACAUCCAAGCAGGCACAUUCGCAAACUAUGCAGGAGAGCUA